AACCGCCAGGCAAGCUUAACGAACGUGAGCCGACAGCGCGCGGUCCGUCAAAAUGAGUCUACGGAAACAAACCCCCAGUGAUUUUUUGAAACAAAUAAUAGGAAGACCAGUUGUUGUGAAGUUAAAUUCUGGAGUUGAUUAUCGAGGUGUUCUGGCUUGCCUGGAUGGGUACAUGAACAUAGCUUUGGAACAAACAGAAGAAUACGUAAAUGGGCAACUGAAGAAUAAAUAUGGGGAUGCGUUUAUCAGAGGAAACAAUGUUUUGUAUAUAAGUACACAGAAGAGGAGAAUGUGAAUAUGCCGGAAGAUGGAAAAUUUUGGAUUGCAACUUUUGUUUCUUAACCUAGUUUUAUUUGUUGGUGAU